ACGCUGUGCUCAUUCAGCGUUUAGCAUACAUUUCGGGGCUUUCGGCAGUACGACGCUAACGCUGCGUGCGUGCGGUUUAACGGUAAAAACGUGACGGAGAGAGAGCCAGCCAAAGCCAGGCGUGUGAAGUGAGGGAGAGAGAGAGAGCGAGCUAGGAGGAGAACGAGAGCGAGCGAGGCGGUGCGAGGCGAGACAGAGGGAGAUACCAAAUAGAAGUCCGCGUUAAGAAGAAAAUCAAACAGAACAAGAAGCAGCAGAGGGCACAAAUUUGUUCUUAAUUUAUUUUUUUUUGUUCAGUGACAAAAAAAAUACAAAUAAAUUGUUGAAAAAUUGAUAAGGCCCGAGAUCCAGAGUCCAACACACAAGCGAUAAGCAAUAUACUCGCACCCGCUCUGGCACACACGCACACACACAUAGGCUGAAGGAGGAGUAAAAGCAGCAGAGGAGCAGCGUAACGGCAUCUAGUUAUUUUUUUUGGGUCCGCGAUGAUGGAGCAAGGUGCACGGAAACAGACAGCGACAACCGCAACGACGAGGAAUAGAGGCAGCGCCAGCGUAGCAGCCAGCACCAUUGUGGCACCAGUCACCAGCAGCACCACCAGCACCAACACCACCACCACCACAUCCUCCUCCCCAUCGUCGUCAUCGUCGGCCACCUGCUCGGCGACGAUUGUGGUCAAACAGCGGCCGCCACCGCUGAAGACGGCCACGACAACGGUGACCACGACAUUGGUCAGCAGCAAUGAGGGUGGCCAGCCGCUGCCACCCAUUGCCCAGGCCAGCUAUCGGGGGGGAGUGGGCACAGGGGGGGCCACCCUGACCACACCCUCAACGCCUCGGAUCGAGCUGAGCCGCGCCUCCAGCUCGUCCCAUCACGAGGAGGAUAGCCGUGAGAGCAGUCCCGAGAAUGUCUUCGAGCAGGUCGGCACUGGCACCCUACAGGAAACGAUUGGCCUUGGCUUUCGGGAGGAGGGCGCCUUGGAGUUACGCAGCUCCACCGAGGAACUGUACUUCAUGGAUCCCGAACAGAAGAAGGAGGAGCAGGAGCGCAUCCAGCAGCAGCAGCAACUGCAACAGCAGCAGCAGCAGCAACAGCAGCAGCAGCAGCAGCAACAACAGCAACAACAGCAGCAGCAGGCAACCACGAAGCGCUCCUCGCCGCACAUGUUCAAGUUUGACGACCACCAGAGCUACCUGCAGCAGCACCAGCGCAAGGACUCGGCCAGCUCGGAGGUGGCAGCUCUGCUCUGCAUCUCGGGCCGCACAAGCCGCAUCUCGAGCGUCGGAAGCCAGGGCUCGGCCGUGAGUCGCCUCUCCGCCGUGUCCGGCGUCUCGCGCUCUCCUUCGCCCCAUCGCAUGCUGCUGGAGACCUCCUUCUGCGGUCCCAAGCCACUGGAGCAGGGUGCCACCAGUGCCGCCGCAAGCACUGCCUCCACGGCGGCCAGUUCGUCGCACAGUCACGCCGAGACCUCGGCAGGUGGAGGCGUAGUGACAGGAGCAAUGCCAGGAGGCGUGGCAGCCAAUACAGCGCUGCUAGAGCAGCUGUUGCUAGCCCGCAAGCACGAUCCCACCCAGGCGGUGCUGGCCGAAGGCAUCAAGGUGCUGCCCCCUGCCCCGGCCACGGCCACAGGUACCAGCAGCCGCCGGAGCAAGCUGGCCAACGGCGAAUCAAAGGCCAAGACGGCCGGCAACGCUGGGGCUAUGGGCGCCCAGCGACGGAGCACCAAGAGUCCGGGCCAAAUGGUAAUCGGCAAGACCCCCAGCGGCACCGAGUACAUUCGCAUCAAUCUGCGGCCGGACCACAUGUACAGUGACAAAGGCAUUGCGGCCAAUGAGCGUGUGGUGGAGGCGCCCAACCAGCUGACGCCCGUCUACUCCGCCUCCGCAGGACAGCCCAAGCCACCCGCCUCGCUGAGCCUGCAGGGUGGCGCCGGUGGCCCCAUCGAUGAGAACCGCCUGACGCCGACGGCGAGUCCUAAGCCGGGGAGGCAUGCCCUGCGCUUGGGCAGCCGCUCGCCCUCACCCUCGCCGGCGGCUACCUCUGUGUCCCGCAAGAGUUCCUUCAGCUCCCUCUUCCGGCUGGGCAAGGACUCUCCGGACUCGCCGCGGGAGUCUGCCCGCUCCCGCAGCAAGAGCAAGGAUCGCACAGCGGUUGCGGCGGCGACAACGACAACAGGCUCCUCCCAGAAUGUGACGCCCAGCAAGCAAAAGUCCGUGCUGGCCAUCUUCAAGUCGGGCAAGCGGGGCAGCAGUGCCGGCACCGAUGGCACCAAGAGCUCCAAGAGCUCUUCUCCCAUCGAUCCGAGCUGCGAACCGCCGCCGCCGCCACCACCGGCCCCCGGAUCGGGUGGAUUACCCGGAGGACGCAGCCGGACACCUGCCGGUUCCAGGCCGGGCAGCCGGCUGCGGUACUACGAUGAGCCGGUGGAGGGCGUCAUUCACAUACCGCUGCACACGCCGCCAGAGGAGCGCGAGGCCCGCACCCUGCUCCAAGGCAUCCAGAACCUGAUUGCAGCCCCCUCUCCGCCCCCCAUCCAGGCCAGGACACCGCCACAGCCACAGGCACAGUCGCAGCAGCAGCAGCCGCCGGCCGCCUCCUGUGGAGCCGUGUCAGUAACCGGAAACGGAUCCGGAGCCACCAUCACGGCCAGCCAGUUGGCGGCGGCCGCCGCUGCCCUGCGACCUGUGGGCCAGCGGAAGGCGGUGGCCCAGCGGCCAGACCUGGAUGCCAUCCAGUCGCUGCCCUCCCAGGAGGAGGUCGAGAAGGAGAAGGGCUGGAGCCUGGAGGUGCAGCGGCACAGCUCGCAGGACUCGCAGGAAACACUGCAAUCGGUUAGCUCUGUGGUGAGUGCCCGAGCCUCGAACCUAGCCCAGAUCCACCAGGAGCAGGAGCCUCCGUCGGUGCGUGAGAACGGGCUGGGGGAGAUGCAGCGCCUGCCCUCGGUGGACAGCACGCAGAGUGCCUGCGAGCCGCCGCGCCUUGUCCACACGGUGGCCACCGUCAGUGCGCCCCAAUCCGAGGAUGCGGCGGCCAAGGAGCGCCGUCGGCUGCUGUUCGCCACGCGGCUGGGUUCCGGAAGCCAGGAGCAGAUAUUCUCCACGCAGUUCAGCAUCUCGAAGACGGAGAGCCAGUCCAGCCAGCUGUCCGAGCAGGUGCUCGAGUCCACCAACAACUCGACGGCAUCCGACGGACCGUGCCCCGCCGACGGACUGCAGCGCCAGGGCACUGUCAUCCGGCGCGCAGAGCCACCACCGCCGCCACCACGUGGAGUCUCCAGCUCCGAGGAGGAGCAGCCGGCCAGCAGCAGCAGCAGCACUCUUCCCCCAGUGGUGAUGCGAUCCAAGCACCGGUCGCGUCCCACAUCCGAGGAUGAGGGUCCGGCUCAGGCUCCGGCGGCGGAUCUUCGCCACUCGCGCUAUCUGGAGAACUUCGAUGUGCGCCGGAAACUGCAUGAGAAUAUGCCCCUAGAGGGGAAGGAGGUGCGCCGACGGCAGCAGCAGCAGGAAAGUGUAAAUGUAACCCCGGUGCCACGGAAACCCAAGCGACAGAGUGUCCCGGAACCAAAACGUGAAACUUCGCAGAGCUCUGGCGGUGCCACUCCCACCACUCCAACACCCACACCCACACCCGCAACAGUCAUCGCACCAUCAACCGCCGGCAAGCCACCAACUCCAACAGACAGACCCACGCCCACUGGAGUUCCAAUUGCCACGGAAACUGGAACAGGAACAGGAACGGGAAUGGAAACUCCGACGCCUACGGCCAGCCCGGAACCGAUGUUCACCUCGCCCCUGGCGGAGCGGCGUCUCUCGCAGUCGACGGACGAUCACGAGCCCGUGGAGUCGUCGGAGAGUGAACGCGAUUCCGAUAUGGCCGGCAGUUCGUCGGUGACGACAGCGGUGGCCGUAGGCGGGGAGGGCCAGGGUCAGGGCAAGCGGCACCACUUUCCGCGCAACGUUUGCGUAAUUGAGGAGCACGAGAGCACCGGCCUGGUAUCGCAGGAGUCCUUUGACGACGAGCUGCCGUAUAUACCGACGACCCUGCCGGAGGAGCGGGCGCAGGGUGUUCCGCUGAUACCGAUGAAGGAGAGGGCCAACAUGGAGCUGAAGACUUGUCCCGUGGACAGACCGCGCUCUACGACGCCCCUGAAUCCGUCGCACCUGGAGGAGUACUGCACGGGCAUCAUGACGCCGCAGGAUGCAAUCCAUGCGGGUGUCCACGAGCUGGACAACGGAGGGUCGGCAGCAGGAGGCGCAGGAGCGGUGGGUGGCGGUGGUCCUGUGAGGGGAGAAAAGCUCCGAAUCAGUCUGCCCCGCAAGGAGUCGAUGGGUAAGGAGAGCCGCGCCCCGGGCCAGAGCGCCAAGUCGCCGCGACGCAUCUCCAAUGCCAGCGGAAAGUCGUGGUUCGAGUUCGCGGAGGAGGGCCUGCGCGCCAACAAUCUGGAGCGCAAGGACUCCAGCAAACAGUUGCUGCCAGCUCCAGCUCCAGGUUCAGGGGCAGUUCCAAUUCCAGUGCCAGUUACCGUCCCCAAUCCGGCCCCAACUCCAGCCUCGGCUCCGGCUUCCGUCGGCCUGGAGGAGCCCAAGCCGAGGGCAUCCACACAGCGAAAGCUGUCUGGCCACUGGAUCGACUUUGAGAACAUCCCGGAGAAGCGCAAGCCGGCCAAGCGGAUCACCACGCUGCCCAAGGAGACAAUAGCCGCGAGCGCCCCGGCCACCACCAGCUCCUCCUCGGCAUGCGGCAGCAGCCACCGAUCCGGUGGCACUGGCUCCGGCUCGGGGCAUCAUCAUCAUCACCACCACCAGACGCGGCCAGGCUCGCAGGAUAUGACCACUGGAGCCAGCGAUAAGCUACACUACAACUAUGUGAAGCCGGAGGACUGCCAGUGCGAGUGCCACGAGGCAGAGCGCGGAGAAUCCUCUACGGCCACAGCGGGCGCCGGAGACAGUAGCACGGGUACGGGUACGGGCACUGGAACGAACAGCGAUUCUCUGGCCUCUGUCGAACUGCUGCAGCAGGGUGAGGACAUGUUGCCGCUGCUCGAUCCCGAGCCACAGCCGGAGACCAGAAUCUAUACGGACGAGGAGAUGCCUGCGCCAACGCGACAUGGCAGCAAAAGCAGCGGUCUUGGCCGGACACAAAUGGAGGAGUUUCCCCGACGCGACGCCGGAUCGAGCUCACGGAAUCGAAAAUUUCCCGAUAGAAAGUAAGAAGAAAGCAAUUAGCUCGAGCAUUGGAUUCAGUUUCGAAUCGUGGUUCAUGGUAGAUCUUCAGGGUAGCUACACCAGUAAUCUUUCUAUAUGUAAGUCGACUCACUAAACUAAGGGCCAGCAGUGUGUGUCCUCUUGGCCUAUAUCCUCAAUGUACCUCAAGCAGUGUGGUUGUUAUAAGCAGAGACGAACGACGCGACUAUCGAUCGAUCGAUCAGAGUACGAGUACACGAGUGUUUCCUUUCGAUUCGAUUAGCUAAAAUCUAUAUGAAUACCUACAUAUACAUAUGUAUUACUCGGUACUACGAUAUAUAACACCAUAUAUGCAUACACAUAUUGUAUUGUAUAGGGUAAUGUGUUUUUUUUUUUAUAGCAACAAUUAUUGUAAAACUCACUUUAUAGCAAUCUUGAGGCUGGUAUUUUCCCUAGAAACUUUUUCGCUGGCAAUUUUUACUACUACCUACUAUAUGUGAUCUCCAGAUAAAAUGUUGAAUGAUCCAUGCUUGGAUCAGAUUAAUAUAUACAUAUAUAGCUAUAAGUCCGUGUAUUCGUGUGUAGUUUGUUAAAUAGCUCAGACAAAUCCUCUUGAUAUCUACUUGAGAUCCCUGUCCCUGUUCCUGUCCUGUCCUCUGGGAGUCUUAAGAUUCCGACGUGGUCGUAGCAAAGUCUAGUACACAUACAUUCGAUACUAAUUAUAGCCUGAUCCAUAGCAUUUAGUUCAAGUUCGAAGCGUUAAUUAGUUAGUCCCCUCCCAUUUAGGGGUGUGUUGUACAUAAAUAAGUCUAAUUGUAGAUUAUGUUGACGAUUUACUACGAUUAUGGUAUUUUUUUGAAAGAAUAUCUCACCAAGUAUUUGACAAUUUGUAUGGGUUUACUACUAUAUUAUAUAUAGCCAACAAAACUGCCAGCAGCACACACACACAUGACAUUUGAGACAACAUUUUGGUUUGGUUUCCGUUUUUGGGGGCAUGCUUCAGCUGGUGGGAACCGAACCGGUUAGGUAACAGCAUUUUGUAGCAUGCCCUCUAUAAACGGUUUAUGCGCAAAUUAUGAUGAUGAUACGAUUUACCCUCUCACCGACUAUUUGCUUAGAAAAAAAACAAGCCCCCUCCCCGUCAACCUAUGGAAAACAUAUUAGGAAACCCCUUAGCUAGUCUUUAAAAUACCUAAAAAUUGAUUGAACUUAACGAACAACGGACAUUCAUUGAAUUGAAGCAAAAAUAAUGAAAAAUUAAGCAAAUACAAGUUAAUAUAAUAUUUAACGGGAAAUGAAAGGAAAGAACGCAAGAAGCUACAUAUAGGUAAAUUAUACAAUACAUAACGAACAUUGAAAAUGUGCAAAAGAACCUAGGCAAAAGAUGAUGACAACUGUACACGAGUUUAGCGAAAGAAUUUCAACAUAAGCACACGAUGAAGCAUUCACUGCGGUGCCAUAAAGUGUGGCCCCCACAGCCUCGAGAGACUCCACUAUGAGAUCUUAUAAGCAUAAGGAUACAACCGCAGACGUCGAUGUUGUGGGAAGGAGUUAGCCUCUUCUUUUUUUUUAUUGGGUAGCAGAAGUGGUCAAGCACAAAAUGCACUGGCAAUAUAUAGGAGAAACGAGUAGAGAGGCAAAGAUCUUAAGAAACCAUAUAUAUUCAUAAAUAAUUACCGAUAUAUACCAUUCGCACACACAGAAGUUCUUUCCCGUUUCAAACUGUUUGAAUAUUUGUCCUUUUUUUGAAUACACUUUUUUUGUAUUAAAUAAAAACAAGCGAAGAAAAUGUUGUUAAAAAUGCAUUUACAUUGAAAACAGAAAAAAUAAAACGAAAAUUAAGAGAGAGUUGAUGGUUAAAUAAGCAAACAAAUAUGUAUGUAUGAAAAAUUGUUACCAACAUUUAAGCAUUCAUAAAAAAACAAAAGACAAAAGUGCUAAGAGAAACAAGAACAAAACAAAUGAAUUAAUAAAUAUAUAUGCACAUUCAUUAUUUAAAGGUACUUACAUACAUGUGUAUGUAUGUACAUACAUACAUACAUACAGGCAGCAAAAAAAAAAAACAAAAAUCCAAUGAAAACGGAAAUCAAACAGACAUUAAUUGAGAAAUAUUCAUUAAAGUGGCAAAAAUCAUAUAUAAACAAA